ACAUGGAGGAGCCGGAGCUGGUGAAUGGGGACGGGAUGGACCAGCACACGGAUGGGGAGGAACAAGUCGUCACCCGGACAAAAACCAAGAGGAAGAAGAAGUCCAAGAUUGACAUGCAUUACACCAAUGACCUGGGUGUGGAGGACGGUGACAUUGUCAGUGGUUUGCACCAUGCUAUCCCCCAGCAUUCCCUGUUUUCUUCUCCUCUGGGCCACAGCCAGCCUGUCGGCAAAGUGUUUGUGGAGAGAAACAAGCGUUUCCAGGCGACUGACCCGCCCAAACACAACGCACAUCUACCUGACCACAUGGAGGAUUACAUGGAGGUCAGACCCCUCUGGACGACCAGGGACGUAGCCAUGAGAGUACACAGUGGGUUCAGGCCCCCUGGUUCAGAGCACCAAAUCCUCCAGCCCUGGAUAGUGGUAAACCUGGUGAUAGCCCUGUUAGUAGGUCUGGCCUGGGCCUUCGUCUCAACGCGACCUGACAUGGACUACACCGAAGAGUUUUUAAUGGCGAUGGCAGUUGAAGACCUCUACCCAAGACAUGACGAUAACCCGGAUCUUCCAGCCUGAAACUCAGUCCGUUGUGUUCUGUUUGGUUCCACAUCAGUUGUAAAGAUGAAUUUUCAACAACAACAAAAAAAGUGUUGUUUUAUUUUUUGCAUUAUGUGUACCAUAAAGCGAGAGAGAAUUCCUUUCCACAAAUGUCAUUUAAACAUUAAAAAAACAAAAGGUGAUCAU